AUGUACUCUGCCAACUAUGGCUUUGGCAAUGCCGCGCCCAACUUCAACCCCCCCGCGGGCGCACCGCAGCCAGGAAUGCAGCCCGGUGGAAUGCAGCCCGGGCAGCAGGCCAUGUUCAACCGGCAGCAGCAAUUCGCCGGCAUGGCUCCCCAAGGAGUCUUCCCAGGCGCGAACCCCCAUAUGAUGCAGGACGCCAGCGCCGCCAUGAUGCAGGGUCAGGGCAUGCCCGGCAUGGCGCCAAACAAUCAGAUGGCCUACCAGCAGCAGUUCCCCGGCGCGUCAUACGGCCAGGUGCUCCCUGGGUCGGUCGGUCCGCAGGGCUUCGUUCCCAAUAACUACAUGAUGGGCCCUGGCAUGCAAGGCUUCCCCAUGGGCCAGCCCGGCAUGCCUCAGCAGGCUCAGAUGAUACAGCGCAUGCAGCAGCAGCAGCAGCAACAGCAGCAGCAGCAGCAACAGCCUCAACAGUCCCAACAGCAGCAACAGCAGCAGCUAUCUCAGCAACAGCAGAACCAGAUGAUGGCACAAGUGUCAACGCCUCAAAGACCCUCGAGCACAACGCAAGGAACGCCGACGAAUAUCAUGCCUCCCCAACAACCUCAGUUCUCGACUCCCCAGCCAAUGUCUCAAGGGCAGACGCCUACAGCCCAUCACCAGCCGCAGGUGGGAGUAGCCACUCCUCAGACGCCAACUUUUUCGUCCAACCCGGCGAGCAGCAUGGCUGCUCCAUCAAGCGCGGUGCCAAUGAGCCCGACAACAGAAAGUCUUGAAAAGGAGAGAUUUGCGCUGUUAUUAGACAUCAAUCACGAGCUGCUAUACGAGUCCAUUCAGAUACAGACAACACAGCAAGAGCUGAAGAAGGAAUUCGUUGCUGUCAAUGGAAACGUUCCCGACAGGAAGCCUACAGAGGAGGAGAGCCAGUUUCAGCAUGAUUAUCUACAUUGUAUGCGACGGCUUCAAGGAAAUCUAUCAUACAUGGCUGCCCUAGCCGAUCGGAAACCCGAUGUCAAACUCCCGCCGUGUCCACCAUAUCUCAGCGCUCCCCCACUCAACAUGGCGCUGAAACUGAGAGCAAUGCCGAUCGGCGCCGAGAACUCGAGCGUACCGGUAGACCCCGUGGCGGAUAGGGAAGAACGGAAUAAAUCGAUUCAAGAUCUGUACCGCCGACUGCAAGCCGUCUUCCCUGAGCAUGACCCAAAGAAUGAACCUGCCUACCGCACGUCUGCCCCUGGCCAGAAGCCAGGCAACCCAAUGACAGCGAGCCAACAAGCGAGCCCGGCUGCCCAGAGAACACCCCAGUUAUCAAACAUGCCAGGGCCACCCAUGAAUUCACAAGCCGGCGUGCCUAUGCAAUAAGAUACAGUUCUGAGUCAUGACUAAAGAUUUAUAGCCGCGGGGUAGGGCAUAUGUGCAGUAUAACGGGAUUGAGAGCCAGAACCGAAAAAAGAAGGUUUGAUGGCAGCGGAAGGGAACAUGGCCUGCAACUUCUCUCAAUUUCCUGCUGGCGUUUUCAAUCUGCUUAUUUAGAGGCGCGACAUGAUGGUUUGACUAUAUGAUAUCAUUUGACUUUUCCUUCUUUUCUUUUUCUACGAAAUCUUUUCUGGACUUGCAUGGCAAGGAUGUUACAAGAAUGCAUAUAAACUCACGAAGCAUAAAAGAACAAUCAUCUUUCCGAGCAGGAAGUCUACUUUCAUUGGGUAGGCCUGCUCAUUUAGCUACUGCCUAUCUAUGUAGUAUUAAUACACUUUAUCUACUAUA